AAUGCAAUCAAGUAUGUAGCCCAUGAUCGAUAUGAACCCGAACAAACCAUACCAAUAUUGAUAAAACCUUAAAAUCAUAGCACAUAUAUCACCUUAGUUUUGAUUCAAAAAAAGAAAAAAAAAGGAAGAAGAUAGGCUGCACAAAAAGAGAAAAACCGCCCACAGAAAUGGAUGUUAAUACAAAGAAAAUUCUUCUUAUUAAACCAUAAAUAAAUACUCCGUAAUAAAUAAAAAUGAAAAAUAAAUAAAAUAAAAAAUCAUCCCAAAAAUAACAAGGAAAAUUCCGUCGAUCUGUAAAACGCAGUCGUCUUCCUCUUCCUCCGACCUCUCCAAUUUAUCAAUGGCUUCUCCUUACGAUCCCUUCAAACAGGAGCCAAUUAAGCAGCAACAACAAAAUAAAAAAGGGCCCAAUUUCUUACUCAUGCUCCCUCUUAUCUACGCUCCUGUUCUUCCUCUCAUUAGAAUAUCACUGAGGCAUAAACCUGUUAUUAGGGAUCGUUUGUUUACUGCUGUUCUUGUUGGAGCUUUUGCACAUGGCGCUUAUCUUGUGACUGAUCUUUAUGAUGUCGAGAGCAAGUAGAGGAACUGAACCAGCACUUGGUCUCCUGAGGCUUGUAAGUACACCAUCAUUCAGUUGAUCGUGAAGGCAAUCUUAUUGCUUGAUUUCACUGCUUUACAUUUUUCGAGGAUUCUUGAUGAUCAUUCUUCUCCAAGUAUCACUUCUUGCAGACUUAGCAUUAAGUUGGUUAUAUUAUUAUGUUUUCUUGAAACUAAAUAAUCUCAAAUGGAGUAUUUACAUAAUCAGUUUUGAUUAGCAAACAUCUGACAUGCUUGCGGAGUUAUGGGAACCUUGAUUUCUUUAUCAUGAAUGAAUUAUGCCGUAUUAGCUUGUUUAUUA